AUGCGCACUUCAGCAGCGUUCUUUCGUGACGAAGAUACGCUGCGUGAGAUGCGUCAAGAGUUGCGUCAGGAGAAGAAAACGCUGACAAAUCAAGUGCAUGUGCUGACAAUGCAACUUGCCGAAAAGGAACAAGUGGCUGCCUCACUCAAGAGCGAACUACAGGGGCUGAAAACGAGCGCAACGCUGGCAAAUGUGAUGCGUCAAGUGCCCCGAUCUGCCACUCUCAAUAGCAGUUCUAGUGGGAAUAUCAGAAGCUCUUUGAAGCCAAAAACCACAACAGAGUGGGGGGAACGCGUACUGGACCAGAAACUCGAGAAUCAAUACUUAGCUGAGGAGCUUCUCGCAUUGAAGACAGCGGCGCAGGAUAAGCAGCUCACAGUACAACGCAAGCAGAAGCAACGAGAUGAGAUGAGAGCGAAGCUGUCGCGCGUGCCUCGUCGACAUCUGUGCACUCUGGUGGACCUGCAAGUUGAGAUCUCGCGGUUAUUGGAGGAAAAGCGAGCUCUAGAAACUCAGCCACACGCGUCUACUUUACAAGUGGAUGCCACCCGAGUGAGUGUAAAUGCGUCUACUAAGGCUGCGCUGCAGAACGAGCUGUCAAGCCUGGAAGUCACGACCGAGAGAUACAAGGAGGAACUUCGCCAGUGGCAUCUCAAGAUCGACUGCGAGAAGGCUCGUUUGGCUCCUCUACAAGCGCGUCUAGAGAGUUUGCAGACAGAGUUACGGAGAUACGAAGACUCGCAGGUGCUGCUGCGUAGCGUCUUCUUGCGGCUGGCACCGGACACAAGAGAUGGCACUGUACCGUUGGAAGCAGCGCUGGCUGCAUUCCAAACACUCACCCCACUUGAUCGAGACGCACUUUCAGCUGAGGAGAUGGUACUUCGAUUGAAGGCGAACAACAAUCAGCAGCGCUUCUCGUUUGCUCAAUUCGUCGCAGCUUUUAACUGCUUGUUCAAGGCGUGA